AUGGUUGCCAUCUCCCAGAUUAUCAACAAUGGUUUGAUUCUUGCGUCGCCUCUGGUCUACAAGAGCCUUGCAACUCCUAACCAGGCUGCCACUGAACAGUACAACUUGGUGAAGUACUUGGGUGGUGCUGGUCCAUACAUCCAGCAUCCAGGCUUUGGUGUUUCCACGGAUGUGCCUGAGCAGUGUACUGUUGAGCAGGUUCACUUGUUCUCUAGACACGGUGAAAGGUACCCAUCUAAGAAGAAGGGUGGGAAGUUUGAAAAGUUGUUGAAGAAGCUUACCAACCUGUCUGAACCACUCGUUGGUGAAUUGGCUUUCAUUAACGAUUACGAGUUCUUUGUUGAAGAUACCGAUAACUACGACAAGAGCACUACUCCAGCUAACUCAGAGAGCCCUUAUGCUGGUACUACCUCUGCUUUGAGUCAUGGUGUUGCUUUCAGAAGCAGGUAUAAUGAACUCUUUGAGAACGCCCUGGAGCCAUUGACUGUGUUCACGUCUAACUCGGGUAGAUGUCACGAGACUGCUAGGUACUUCACCAGAGGUCUUUUGGGUGACGACUAUGGCGAAGACACUGCUAACUUCGCUGUCAUUGCUGAAGAGAAAGAAAACGGUGCCAAUUCCUUGACUCCAAAAAUUGGCUGCAAGGACUACGACAAGAAAUUGCACAAUGAUUACAUUGACGAGUAUGACGAUAGCUACUUGAAGGCUGCUGCUGAGAGAAUCACCAAAGGUAACGAUGUCUCGUUGUCUAAGAAGGAAACCGCUCUUUUGUUUGACUGGUGUGCUUACGAGCUUAAUGUCAAGGGUUACUCGCCCUUCUGUAACUUGUUCACCAAUGAUGAAUAUGUGAAGUACUCUUACGGUGAUGACUUGGACCGUUAUUAUAGCAGUGGACCUGGUAACAACGGUUCAGUAGUCGUUGGGGCUCCAUACUGGAAAGCUACCUUGGCUUACUUGAAAGAAGAGAACCCUUCGCAGAAAGCUGUCUUGAGUUUCUCUCACAGUUCUGAUCUCGAGCCUGUUCAUGCUGCUCUUGGUCUCGUUGCUCCUGAAGAGCCAUUACCAGCUGACCGUAUUCAGUUCCCAAAGCAGUACGUUUACACUGAGAUCAUCCCCAUGAGUGCCAGAUUGUACACCGAAAAGUUGAAGUGUGGUGACGAGAGUUACGUCAGAUUCUUGGUCAACGAUGCUGUUGUUCCGCUCAAGAACUGUCAAGAUGGUCCUGGCUUUUCUUGCAAGCUUUCUGACUUUGAGAGCUAUAUCAACUCGAGAAUUGGAGACAUUGACUACAACCAGCAGUGUGGUGUUGAGGGUGUCCCUAGUGAGGUAACCUACUUGUGGGACUACAAGACGACUGACUACUCUGCCCCAGACAUCGACUCGUAA